AUGUCCGUCGACAUAAAAACCGUCCUCUCCCUUCUUCUACUGCAAUUCAAGGAUCUUGGUACUCUUCCACACAACCCGAAGGCUACACGGAAAGAGAAGAAACUAGCAGAAAAAUUUAAAAGUUUGCUCGAACAAGCUGCCGACGGAGAUGUCGAGAUUGAAGAGGAUGACAAGUUGGUCCUCGAGGAGGAUGGCGAUUGGGAACCGCCGGUAUUUGAGCCUCUCGAUGAUAAUGAGAUGAUAAGCCCUCAUUUGACUUUUCGCUUUGGCUCGCGAUGGGUCAGCAAAACCGAUGUGAGUAAUAUUUGAAGAAAAAUGUAAAGCUAGAAAUAUACGCAGGUCGAAAAAGCUAUCAGUUACAGAUGCGCCAACAUGGCUUUCAUUAAAUGUGCACGGUGCCUGGAAUACCGCUGUUUUGACCAUUUUGUGGUCGUAGAUCACCAUCUCUGCCCAAAUAUAUAA